AUGAGAGGAGCGGACUUGCUAGCAGAGAAGCCGCCCAAAACAAUAAAAAAAGAAACAGACUACGACCUUUGCCCAAUCUCUACUAUAAAAAGACUAAUUAGGACAGAAACGGUGCAGCGUUGGGAGGAGGAUUAUCAAAACGGAGAAACAGCCUCAACAACCACCCCCUUCACUCCCAACAGCUGCAGCCGCGGGAUCAUGAAAAGGGUGGGAUUGGACGGCGAAACAGCACAGGUUUUAAUGGGGCAUGGUGGUUUAGCCGCAUAUCUCCACAGGUUCAAACGUAAGGACAGCCCCGUUUGCGCCUGUGGAGACGAGGUCUAA